UGGAAACACUUAAUAUAAAAAUAUUUUAAACUUCAAAAAAUUAUAUUGAAAUCAAAGCCAAUCAUUAAGCUUUUCAAUGUCAAAAGCCUUUAAAUAAACUUUUUUGUUCUUAAAACCAAGAGUAAACCGAAGAUUUAAAAAUGGUACGAUUCGCGGAGCCAAAUAUACCGGAGAAGUCAUCAAAAAAACAAGAACGACGACAAACAAGUCCCUGCUGUCGAGUACAAAAUAAACGACUUUUAAGCAUGGGAGCUGGUUUCGAACAAAGGCCAUGGACGCCAACAGUACGUCGGGGUAGAAUUGCUGCAGAGGCAGCUAGUCCUGGUCCAGCUUGUGUACAAUUACCCAAUUUAGUCGGUACCAAAGUGACAGACUCCAAAAAACAAGCCUCUCCAGCAUUCAGUUUCGGUCAGAAACAUCGCUGCAAAGACGAUUCAAUUGGACCCGGUCCAGCGCAAUAUAAUGUUUCCGGUUUAGGAGUCAAAGGCAAAGAUACCCCACCAGCCAUGUCCUUACAAUCGCGCCCCAAACAAAAGACAACUUUCAAAACACCUGCUCCCGGAGAGUAUAAUGUCGAUAAGGCAGCCAAAUCGGUUGUUGAUUCGGCUCCACGAUACACAUUUGGCUAUCGACAAAAUUUAGAAAAAACCAGUACUACUCCAGCCCCGAAUAGUUAUCAUCCCGAUAACUCGAUAUGCCAAGCGAGUUCACCAAAAUAUUCCUUCGGUAGGAGGACGAAAAUAGACUUUGAUAAGGGAACACCAGCACCGGGAGCUUACUGCCCGGAAAAACACAGAAUCGACAAAACACCGGAGUUCUCGUUUGGUGUGAAGCACAGUGCGCCUAAGAAUUACGAAACACCAGCACCGGGGGCUUAUAAAACCGAAGUAGUUACAUUAGAUCAUUCACCUGCUUACAGUUUUGGGGUCAAGGCUAAUGAAAGAAUUCUAAGCGAUACACCAGCACCAAGUGCAUACAGUCCUGAAAAAGUCAGACUUGACAGUACACCACACUAUAGCUUCGGCUUGAAGACAAUCCAUGAGCUCAAAAACGAUACACCAGCACCUGGAGCGUAUAAGCCGGAGAAAUGUAACUUAUCUUAUUCUCCAGCCUAUACUCUCGGCUCAAAAGUUAACCCAGAGAAACCCAUAGAUACCCCGGCUCCUGGAGCAUACAAACCGGAACAGUGUAAGCUUGACCACACGCCGGCUUACAGUUUUGGUGUGAAAGUGAAUCACGCCAAGCCCAGUGACACACCUGCGCCGGGUGCAUACGAAACAGAGAAAGUCAAGCUCGAUCACACCCCCGCCUACAGCUUUGGUGGAAAGCAUGACCCGAAAUCAAAUUACAACACUCCCGCCCCAGGAGCAUAUGCUCCGGAAAACUGCAAACUCGACAACACACCUUCGUACAGUUUUGCCGGAAGGCAUGAACCUCUCAAGUCAGCAACAACUCCAGCCCCAGGAGCGUAUGCUCCGGAAAACUGCAGACUUGAUCAUACUCCAGCGUUUAGUUUCGCAGGAAAACACGAUCCAUCAAAGCCUGCAGACACUCCAGCUCCUGGUGCCUACUCUCCAGAAAAAUGUCGUCUGGAUAAUACACCAUCAUAUACGAUCGCUAGUAAGCAUGGUUCGGCAAAGCCCAGUGAUACUCCAGCACCAGGUGCCUAUGCUCCGGAGAAUUGUCGUUUAGACAAUACUCCAGCUUACACUUUUGGUGGAAAAUAUGAUCCCUCGAAGCCAAAUACCAAUCCAGCUCCAGGGGCAUAUGCCCCAGAGAAAGCCAAUCUUGAACACUCGCCUGCUUAUAGCUUUGGAGGAAAACACGAUCCACAAAAGGCCUUUAAUACUCCCGCCCCAGGAGAUUAUGCUCCAGAGAAGUGUCGACUGGAUAACAAUCCCUCUUACACAUUCGGUGGCAAGCAUGAUCUUUCCAAACCAAAUGGUAUCCCAGCACCAGGAGACUAUGCUCCGGAAAAGUGCAGGUUAGAUAAUAACCCAGCGUAUACAUUUGGAGGAAAGUACGAUGUUUCUAAGCCAAACAGAGUCCCAGCUCCAGGAGAUUAUGCUCCAGAAAAGUGUCGGCUAGACCACACUCCAUCAUACACGUUCGGUGGAAAGCACGACCUCUCAAAGCCAAACGGUGUCCCGGCUCCUGGAGAUUACGCUCCAGAAAAAUGUCGCUUGGACAAUACCCCAGCUUAUACAUUUGGCGGAAAGCACGAUCUCUCAAAGCCAAACGGUAUCCCAGCUCCGGGAGACUAUGCUCCAGAAAAAUGCAGGCUAGAUAAUAACCCAUCGUACACAUUUGGUGGAAAGUACGAUCUUUCAAAACCAAAUGGUAUCCCAGCUCCUGGAGAUUAUGCACCGGAAAAAUGCAGACUGGACAAUACCCCAGCCUUUACCAUCCUUGGAAGACAAGGUGCUCCAAAACAAGAGAAUACUCCUGCCCCAGGAGACUAUGCUCCAGAAAAAUGCCGCCUAGACAAUACUCCUUCCUACACAUUUGCCGGAAAGUAUUAUCUCUCAAAGCCAAGUAAUACUCCUGCUCCAGGAGCGUAUGCUCCAGAGAAAUCGAAUCUCGACCAUUCUCCGGCCUAUAGCUUCGGAGAGAAACACCAUCAACAAAAACUUGCUCAAACUCCAGCUCCGGGAGAUUAUUGUCCGGAGAAGCAUAAUCUCGAUCAUACUCCAGCCUAUUCAAUGGCUGGCAGACACGAUUUGAGCAAACCCAGUACCACACCAGCUCCGGGAGAUUAUGCGCCGGAAAAACACACUCUCGAUCACUCUCCAGCUUACACCUUCGCCGGAAGGCAUGAAGCAGCCAAACCAAGUAAAAGUCCAGCUCCUGGAGAUUAUGCUCCAGAAAAGCACAAUCUCAAUAGUACUCCUGCUUACACAAUAACCGGAAGGAGUCGCAUAGAGAGGACCUAUCUCACACCAGCACCUGGUGACUAUGAACCUGAAAAACAUAAUCUCGAUCAAUCUCCAGCUUAUACCUUUGGUACGAAGGCGAAUCUCAGCAAGCCCAAUGAAAAUCCAGCACCUGGUUCUUAUGAACCGGAGAAGCACAAUAUCGAUCACACACCAGCUUAUACCUUUGGUGUUAGGGUCGUAACACCCAUCCGUAGUGAAUCUCCAGCUCCAGGAACUUAUGAACCUGAAAAUCACAAUCUCGACAAUGGUCCCUCAUACACAUUCGGAGUUAGAGUAAACCGUGAGAAGCCAAGUGAUAACCCAGCUCCAAAUGUAUAUAGGAUUCCAACAGUAUUGGGCAGCAGCAAGGAUGGUACCAUUAAAUCAGCACCAGCAUUCUCAAUGACCGGCCGACAAAAACCACGUGUUUCACCAACUUUAUUUGUUCCUGGUCCUGGGACUUAUGACGGAGAAUAUCAAAUUAUAACUAAAAAAUCUCCAAUGUAUUCCAUGGGCAUAAAACAUAAAGGACCAACUGAUGAACAUUUGAAACCUGGUCCGGGUGCACAUUGUCCUGAAAAGGUUAACCUACAACACACACCCUCAUACAGUUUUGGCAUCAAACACUCCUCAUACCUUGGACAUUUUCGAGACUAUGAAUCCUGUGAAUACAACAGAUUAUGCUGAAAAUAACAAAUUUUCUUCCCAAUACCAACAUUCCACACAAUAUUUUUGGCUACUUCCAUUAGAAAACAAAUAAACAAAACUGAACAAAAAACGUUCUACUUCCGUCCAAAAUAAGUGCUUGAAAAUAAAAUGGAAAACUUUGCUGCUAAACGCUCAACUUUAUAACCAACAAAAAACAACAAGAAAUAAAAAUUAAGACAAAAAUCUAUUCUAACCUAAAUUUUAACAAAAUAAGACUAUAAAAUUUUAUUAUUUAAUCCUAAUUUUAUAUUAUAUGAAAAUACCUUAUACCAACCUAAGUUCUAACAAUAUGUGAUUAAAUAAAAAUUAUAUGAAACAAUUUUGUAUAAAUACUAAGCUCUCUUGAUUAAGAAAUUAUAAAGACAAAAAAUUAAAAGAAACAAAAACGAAAACAAAAUUAUUACGUAUACUAAAAAAACACACCUAUUAACUUGUUAACACGCAAAUUAAAAUAAUUAAAAACUAAGAACUUUUUCGAAACAACAAUAAAAACAACAACAAAAAAAAACAAUAAAAUA